UGUCUGAGAAGAUACAUGCUGAGCUCAGUUCAUAAAUAGCCUUACCACUUCCUCAUAUGGCACAUUUUGCAAAAUGGAGCUUGUCGUACUUCUCUGUGCCGUUUCUCUGCUGCAUUCAUGUGAAGCUCGAGAGUCCAGUGCUGUGACUCCUGUGUUUGUGCAGAAGAGAGAGGAUGUCCUUCUGAAUGUCACAAUAGCUGAUGAUCCUGAAGAAGAUACUGUUACCUGGAGAUUCAAUAAAACAGUUAAUUUAGUACGAUUUUUACCUGGGAACCUCGGAACAAAAGUCUCUGAUGAUUACUCUGGAAGGAUUGAGUUUCUUGAGAAAUACUCUGUGAAAUUGAAGAAUCUACAAGAGGCAGACAGUGGAGUUUAUACUGCAGUAGUGUCUGGGGAUAAAGAAAAACAAAUAACUGAAUACAAGAUCACAGUUCAAGAUCCAGUGUCUCCAGUUAAACUGUCAGUGGACUCUGUGUCUAACAGCUCAGACUGGUGUAACCUGACAGUGAGCUGCAGAGCACAGGACUCUCACAUUAACAGCACCUUUAGAUGUGACACCCACACCCACACCUGCAGUCAGGAGGGAGGAGAGAGACCACAGGUCACACCCUCUGCUGCUGAUCUCCAUGUCUACCUGUCCAAUGGCUACAUCAUCUGUAACCAUAGCAACCAGGUCAGCUGCACCAAGGACAUCAAAAUAAUUGAAAAUGUCUGCCCCCGACAUGCUGGUCCAGAGAGUGUCUCUGCUGGUCUCUCUGUGUGCCUGCUGAAGACAGCCGUGUUGUCCGUCGGUCUGAUCAUCAUGGUGGCUGCUGUCAUCACUGUUCACCUCAUGGAGAAGCUCAAGAAGCACAAAUAAAAACUUAAAGUUAAAGGUACACUGUGCAGCUUUUCACCACUAAUAGCACCGUGAAACAGUUGUUAUGAGUGAGACCCUGUUUUGUUUGUAUUGUGCAUGCACGAGCCCUCAGAGAGACAUGGUACAUUCCUGCCACUGAUGUCAUGCUGUUCCACUGAUUGACAGUAGGUGGCAGUAACACACCAGGAAAUGCACCAACAAAGGAGAGGAGGUAGAAGGCUGCAAUCCAGAAAACAUGGAUGCAAACAAUGUAAGAUUUAAAAAGUAUGUGUUCAAAAUCUGGGAAAAAUGAAUUUCAACUCAUUUGUAAAGGUUAAAUGAUACUUUAAAUGCAAUUUUGCAAGUAUAAUUCAUGUAAAUAUUGUUUCUUU